AUGGCUGGAACUGUUGAUGACGACGAGUAUGUUGCGAGCUUAUUGAAGCAGGACGCUCAGAAUGCGAAGAAGAAAUACGAGCUAGUCGGCAUCGAUGCCUUCAAUCCGAAGAGAUCGAAACCGGGCGCGCCGAAACCAAACACGAACUUCUUGCGGCACAUCAUCCGCCAGACCGACAGUCACAACUCUGCAUUGCUUGCCAGGGAGGCCGAGGAGUCAAGCGCGCGUCUGAAGCGCAUGAACCGAGAGAGAAUACGGGCGCAAAAGAACGAGGAGGUCAAGAAAGAGAGGAAAGCAGACGGGCGCUUGACACCUGUUCUGAGUGAUGAGGAAGAACCACAUUCCGGACCGUCUAAACGCCGUACAGACGAUAGGGGGCGUGGUGACAGGCAUAGAAAUGGACACAGGCACAGAGAGCGGUCGCUAGACUCACGCGAUCAAAGGCAUCGUAGUAGAAGCAGGGACCAUGGCCGCGAUAAACGGAAGCGGGAGGAAAGCAGGGAAAGGUCAACUCGACAGUCAGGACACCCUGAGUCCCAUCGCGAAAGGGACCAUCGGCGCCGACACGACACCGAAAGAGACAGCGAAAGAAGCCGAUCGCAAAGAAAGCAGAAGUCAACCCAAAGUCACAAGCGACGCCGAUCUCGCUCCAGAUCCUCCUCCCGCUCGCGCUCCAGGUCAUCGCAUUCAACCCGGACCGACAAGAAGCGCAGAUAUCGAUCACGAUCACGAUCACAAUCUCCGCGCCGACCUCAUCGCAAAAACGAAGAUCGCAAAGCUUCAGGCAAAUCAAAGCGACGCUCUCCAAACCCUCAUUCCGACUCUGACCCCCUCGAAGCCAUCGUCGGCCCCCUCCCACCACACAUGGAACCCUCCGUACGCUCCCGUGGCCGCGGCGCACACAAGGUGAACUCAAUGGGCAUGGACUCCCGCUUCUCCUCCGCGUAUGACCCGACUGUCGACGUCCGGCCCCCUUCUGAUGCAGAAGACGAGUGGGGCGAUGCGGUUGAGUCGUUCCGCGACCGUCAGCGCUUCAAGCAGCAAGGCGCGGAUAGACUUAGGGCGGCUGGAUUCACGGAUGAGCAGGUGAGGAAGUGGGAGAAGGGCGAUGUCAAGGACGAGGAGGAUGUUAUGUGGACGAAGCGCGGACAGGCGAGGGAAUGGGAUAGAGGGAAGGUGGUCGACGAAGACGGAGAUGUUGAGUUGAAAGCUGAUUGGGGACGAUUGAAGUGAAGCAAUGCGGGCAUCAACAGGUCCUCACCGUACAAUUACGUGUAUACUCCCACGUACAUCUUGCAUCACAAAUCACAUACCUGAUUCAAUACAUCACAUCACUCAUCCAU